CGUGUUUUCUUUUAGUUUUAUCAUGGGUAGUUGAGAAGGUUUCAUACUUGAAAUGAUUUGUUUGGUAUUUUUAUUGGAUCCAAUACUUUUCUUUUUCAAACCAAUGAGUAUUUGAAUACCAUAAAUUAGCUUCAAAUUGGAUACCACCCUUAAAUAAUUUAAAUUAACUUCCAACAAGACAUCAAAGAGGUGACUAAAGAGAGGAAGAAAGAAGCAAUAUAUGGACACCGUCGGCCGGUUUCUACUUCAUAUUACUUUGUUCUUGUGGUUUAUGACUGCAGUAGAAAGAGCAGCAACUUUAGCACCCGUAUCAAAGCCUAAUUGUUCAUCGCAUUGCGGUCAAGUCGCUGAAAUCCCGUAUCCUUUUGGAAUUGGAACCGGUUGUUACCUUGAUGAUUGGUUCCAAAUAAUCUGCGACAACUCCACCAGCCCUCCAAAACCUUUCUUGAACUCUACCGGUCUAGAGGUGCUCGAAAUCAAUAUUGAAGGCACACUAAAGGUGGCAAGCCCGGUUACCUUCUCCAAUUGCAGUCACAAGCCAUCAGGCCGCCAGACAGCAAACUUAGAGGGAAGUCCUUUUGUGUUCUCCCAGAAGAACAGAUUCACUUCAAUGAGUUGUGGAGGAAUUGGCUUGAUGACAUCCUUAUCCGGAUCAACAAUUGGAGGCUGCUUGUCCAUAUGUGACGAUACUAGUAAUGUUUUAAGAAAUAACAGUUGCAGUGGGCUGAAUUGCUGCCAGACCACCAUUCCUUCAUCUCUUAGCACCUUCCGUACUAGUUUCGGUGAAAUAACAAACGCGGAGAGAGCAAAAUUAUGCAAGUAUGCAUUCCUAGUAGACCAAGAUUGGUUUACAUCAGAUUCAACAAAUAUUUCUGACAUUGGUCACAUGGACAAUGUCCCCAUAGUUCUGGAAUGGAACUUAUUUAACUAUACGACUUUCGAUAUAUAUGGAACGACAAAUUCAACAAAUUCGACAGAUAUGGAUUGCACCGGAGGAAGUUGCUUCUGCUCAAAGGGCUUCCAAGGAAACCCCUAUCUUCUUCAUGGAUGUGAAGAUAUCGAUGAAUGUGAGGAUCCAGUCCACUUCAACAGAUGCAUUCCCGGCUUUUGUAUUAAUUACCCCGGAAGGUAUCAGUGCGUAUUCCCCGAUCCACGACAGUCACAAGUUAAUCUGGCCAUCAUAGUUACCGGCACUGUUGUUGGACUAUUGUUUCUACUAGUUGGUGCAUGGUGGUUGCGCAAAGUCAUAAAGAAAAGAAAAAAUAUUAAACGCAAAGAGAAGUUUUUUAAGCAGAAUGGUGGUCUACUGUUGAAACAGCAAUUAUCUUCAGGUGAAGUCAAUGUUGAAAAGAUUAAGUUGUUCAAUUCCAAGGAGUUAGAGAAAGCCACGGACAAUUUUAGUGCUGACAGAAUUCUUGGUCAGGGAGGCCAAGGUACUGUUUAUAAGGGAAUGCUGGCGGAUGGAAGAAUAGUUGCUGUCAAGAAAUCGAAAAUAGUUGCAGGAGGUGAAGUUGGGCAGUUCAUUAAUGAAAUUGUCAUUCUUUCACAAAUUUCCCACAGGAAUGUGGUUAAACUAUUGGGGUGUUGUUUAGAGACCGAAGUUCCCCUUUUGGUUUAUGAAUUCAUACUCAAUGGAACACUUUCUCAGUAUAUUCACCACCAAAAUGAAGAGUUCCCCCUUACAUGGGAAAUGAGGUUGCGAGUUUCCAUCGAAGUUGCAGGAGCUCUUUCCUACUUACAUUCAGCAGCUUCCUUUCCCAUUUACCACCGCGACAUCAAGUCUUCUAACAUACUCUUGGAUGAAAAAUACAGAGCCAAAGUAGCAGACUUUGGGACUUCAAGAUCAGUUGCCAUUGAUCAAACUCACCUUACGACACGAGUACAUGGAACAUUUGGUUAUCUGGACCCAGAGUACUUCCAAUCUAGCCAAUUUACAGAGAAGAGUGAUGUUUAUAGCUUUGGAGUGGUCCUUGCGGAGCUCUUGACUGGAGAAAAACCAGUUUCAGUUUUGAGUUCACAAGAAAGCAGAAGCCUAGCAACUUAUUUCCUUCUUUCUAUGGAGGAGAAUCGUCUAUUUGAUAUUCUUCAUGCUCAAGUAAUGAAGGAGGCUGGGAAAGACGAGAUUAUGGCAGUUGCUAACCUUACACAGAGGUGCUUGAAUUUGAAUGGGAAGAAGCGACCUACCAUGAAAGAAGUAGCAGCGGAGUUGGAGGCAAUUCAAUUGUCAGUUAAAUUUUCUAAUGUGCAACAAAAUUUUGCAGAAGUUCAUUAUGUUCGAAGUGAAAUAACCGAGCCUUGGGAUGUUGUUUCUAUAUCAACAGCUUCUUGUAUGGAUAGUGGCACAGCCUCUUCAUUGGAUGUACAACCACUAUUGUCCUUCAAGUCAUUGUGAGGAAUUAUUUCUUCUAAUGAAACAAUGUGGUCUAAAAAAGUUGUCACUCUAGCAUUGCAAUGUGGUCUAAAAUUAUUUCUUCUAAUGAAACAAUGUAUCUAUAAUUUCAACUUUCCAUCCCCUUUCUUAUAUGAAUCUUUCACAUUUUAACAUCUUUUUUCUUUCGAAUGUUUUGAGCUUGAUCGUGCAGUAAGGUAGUUUGGAGGUUAAUUUAAGCUGUGGCAACUGGAAGUGGAUGGCAAUCUGUUGUGGCUUAUGUCAACGUAGCUUGUUAAUAUAUAAUUGUUCCCAUCGUAUCAGAUGUGUUCUUCGCUUCAAAACUAGUAUGGGAGUGGCAGUAAGUUCAACCUCUCCUACUCUCUAGGUCGUUACUACAUAAUAUCUGUAAGUUGUUUGUAUUAUAGGCAUCAAAAUGUUUCACCCA